AUGCCAAUCAUUCCAUUCCCUCUUGCUCUCAUCCAACUCUGGAUCGCCAAUUCAGCCCUCCCAUGGUCCAAUCCGGUGUGGCAGUCUGUGACACAUGUUCUUGGCGAGCCAUGGGUGUACGACCGUGGCGAGGAUGUGACUGUUGCGGCCACAUAUUAUGACGCUCAGGCAGUCGAAGCUUUCAUUAACAACUGUAAAAUGGCUGAGGAACCUGCUGAAUACUAUGCUGUUAAACGACAAGAUAAUAACCAUGAAGGUCAUUGUUUGUGGAACACCUGGGUUAAGAAUUCAUGGGCCAAAUGGAAUAUCAACAAGUUGGUCAAUGAGAUCUUCAAAGACAGUGGUUGUGCACCCCACAAUUUCAUGGCCAGGUUGAAUUACAAGAUCACAGACGAUGUCAAGCAGAUUGUCUCCAUCAAACUAGCUGAUGUCUUGUUUGGUGACGAUGCAUUCACCAAUGGAUCCUUCCUUGCACUACCCAUCGUGAUGUUUGUCAGUACAGUGCUGGUAUCAACAUGGAGCAGGUAUAGGAAGGCGAUCAAAAGGCAGGCUAACAGCAUCAACAAGAAAACUCAGAAAGUUGAAGAGCAAUGGCUUAGCGCGGGAACUAACCUUCGGGCAGUCAUCAUGGCUGCAAAUGCAAAACCUACGAUGGCCAGCAUCCGCACUUACAUGAAGAAGCUAGAGACCUUGGUCACCCUUCUUAGCGUGUUUAAAGAUCAGGAUACGGCCAAGAACCUUGAUGCGCGCCAUGAACAGGUCAAUGUGAUGCUGGCUGCUGCCAAGAAAGAUCCUGCCAAAGCAGAAUCGAUAGGAAGACUCCCUAAACCUCUAUGGGAUGUGCUUGACAAGCUGGCCACCAAACAAGAAGUCAAAGAGCUCGAACUUUUGAUCGAGACCACACUUACUGCAAUGGUGCCGCUUGAUGGUGAUGAGGUGGUGAUAGACUUCACAGAGGAUAUGGAUAGGCGGUCUGACUCCGAUGCCGCCAUUGAUCCAUGGAGUGAAGGAGGCCAGCGAUGGCUUGAUGAUCCGACGAGUCCGGCACAGAUUUUGUCACCUUGGUGGCAUCAGCUAGUUGGCAUCCUGAGGCUAAUUGACAGGUUUUUAGAUGGUAAACCAGUGAUGCUGAUGGAUGGCGUUGGGGUUGGAAAAACCAUGCAGGCUGUUGGUUUGAUCGCAUGCCUUGCACACUAUAAAGAGCAUUAUAGGAAGCACAAAAAGUUUCCUGAAAAAUUUUCACAGAUGCACGCAAUGAUAGUUACCCUGCAGCACAACAUUGCCACCAGAGGACAGCAUCACUGGAUGAGUGAAAUCCAGCGGUAUCUAAGGCGAGCAAUGUUUGACGUUCUCCCUUACACUGGAAAAUAUACCGCACGUUCACAGUGGUGGACAAUGGCUUGGAGUAAAUGCCAGCAACCUCCAAUACGACACAUCAUUUUGGUCACAACAAACGGAGCGCAUGAUGAUGCAGCCACUGUCUUCAUCAAGGGCAAUAUGGACAGACCUUUGGAUUAUGGGUCAGCUGCUAGGCUUCCGCAAUUCAAGGAUAUUGUGCAACUCAAGAAUAUGAACCAAGAAUUGGCAGCCACUCAGAGACGGGACCAUAAGGUACAGAGAGAGGUGGGAGUUGAGGGAUCGAUGCUACGAGGCAUUUUGGUCGGCACCCAUAAUCCAGAGGCUGCUCAGGAAGAAUACCUGCCUGCAAUGAAACAAUGGAUAGGCCGUAUGAGAGAGUGGUUCUCCCCUGCUGUCAUCCUUUGUACCAUAGAUUCCACUGACAAUUCAGGCAAUAGGAUCCUAGGCCUCCCUUCCUAUCAUGACCAUAGCUUAAAAGUCAAGCUACUUGACUGGGAGAUGGAGAAUUUGAGGAGUAUAGCGCGGGGAUAUAUCCAUGACUGUCCCAUUAUAGGGAUGAGCAAGAAUUUCUAUGUUGAUUUCAGGCGGUCUAUCCUUCACCCACAUAUGAACCCAACUGAUGAACGGUCAUGGACCAAACCGAAAUCUCUGGAAGAGUGGAACGACAGCCCCACCAAAAGUACGAAGUUGGACGUCCUAGCUAAACUUCUGAAAUACCAUUUGGAGUCUGACGGUCACCAGCCAUUGGCGAUGGAUGAGAGCGGUUGCAGCCUUAUUCCUAACCUCGCCUUCAAAGCUGGAAAUACUCACCCAGAUGAGCCAGACAGAAUUGUAGUAUUUUCAGCUUUCGUAACCUCCAAUCAGGCCAUUGUAGAUAUCCUGGAUCUUCACAGUAUUCAUGCACUAGAACUCAAUGGACAGACACCCAUGAAGAAGUGCAAGGAUAUUUUGGACGACUUUAGGUCAUCUGCGGCGACCAAAGAAGAUACCCUUUGGUUGGAGCAGGACGAUCUCCAGUUGUGUGGGCGGAUCUAUCGUCACCCUCAGGCUAAAGAGGGCACAAUGCAUGAGGCAUUUGUGGGUGCUGACAAGGAAUUUUGGUCAGAGUCAGAUGAUGAUGAAGACAUCGAGCAUGAACCCGUCGGAAGGAAUAAGGCUGGCAAAGAGAAGACGUGUACCAAAGCAACAGCUAAGAACCCACUCUCUCCUGCCAGACAGGCAACAAAGUGCAAGGUUAAGGGAAUUAAGACAAAGUCCAUGACCGUUAAUGUCGAUGGCGAGUUCGGGGGCGACUCACACAAGCAUUGCAAAGAUGAGCAGCCACUAGCCAACAUUAUGAUCAAGGAGCUACCUAGUACAAUGAGCACUAGUGGAAAUGACGAUUCAUCCCUGUCCAACCCACCUCUGACCUCUCCGUCUGCUUCUCCCAGUUUUCUUCUCUGUCCCUCUCUUCCACACCACCCCUCUUUAUCCACCGACCCCUUGGCUCCUGCUCCUGCUCCUGCCACUGCUCUAGUAUUCACUCCCGAUGCUCAGUCGGACCAACCUACAGGCCUACAGGAUGCCUGCCAGGAUAAAGUAGCAGGAUUGGGAUUGGCUGGUCAUGGCCAUGAGAUGAGCUGGAAUGAUAGCCAAGAUUGGAAUGAUGGCGACGACCAUGAAAGCCGCCUGACUGUGGAACAUGACAAGCAACCCUCUCCCAUCUUAGAUUCAUUUGAUGAUAUCUUCAACAAGAAACGUGCGCUGUUCCCAUAUAUGACAAAUGGCUCCCCCACCCUCGUGCUGGCGGUUCGUCAUGGAGGUACAGCAGCACUUGUACUGAAGGAUCCCAGUCAGCUCAGACUGGUACCUCAUGCCCACGACCGAAGACCUUCAACCCUGUUGCAUUAG